UUCCGAGUAGUGGAAUGUAUCGCCCUGUAACAUCCGUCUGUAAGGCCUGGUUACCCAGCUAGAAACCCCUCUUCUCCGUUGAGGGAGGGAUUCGGGCAAAACCGCUCCCGAAAUCCCAAGUGGCCCGUUUGGAUCGGUUUCGUUAAAAAACAAUCAUACGAUUCUACCUCCAUCGGUUCCCCUUAUUUGUCCCAACGGCCAUCCCUCCAGACCCAAGUUCGUUUUCCGAACCUCUUUGCUUCGGAACCGCGCGGCUUUCGCUCCAAAAGGCACCCUUCGUUUUUUUUUGUAGCCAUCCAUCGAGCCGCGAGUGUUGAACCCCCCACCCCCAAUUCCCCAACUCCCUUGGGUUUGGCCGUGGGAAUUCCCAGCAUGGACAUUCCAAGCAGGCAUUUUCCAGGAGAAACAUCCCAAUCACGCAUUUCCCAGGAACGACAUUUCAACCACGCAUUUUUCCCAGCGACAUUCCGACCUACUCAACCUAGCCAAACAUUUGCACAUUCAUCUCAACAUUGCAUUCGUCCGUCUCCAACUCAAAUCUCCCGGUAGAUGUAGCAUAUUCGCACCUCGACCAGGCUGCUAUCCCAGCGCGUUUACAUCCCUUAUCAGGGCUUAGCUUCACCCGGCCGUCUUCCAUUCUCAAGGCCGUCCGCUGCAUUCACCACGGUUUCGAGAACACCAAUCACUGCGAGCACGACAUUCGGUGCGCCACCAUUCAACCGAACGUUGAAGCCAACGAGGUCAAGUCCCGCUGUGGCGCCAGUCGGCAUGCAUACCCGUGGCAGCCCGCAUGGCGCUCGGCAUGCAUGGCAACCGAGCGUCACCUGUCUCUUGGUGCUGCGAACAACAUCGCCCUCAAAAGCCCUCUGCGAAGCUAAGUGCACGGCCGACCCCAUUCCCUUGCAUGCUAUUUUCUUUACUUGCACCCUAUCAAUUGCUCGUUCUCACCCCACCCACCCUUCCCCUCCCGCUCCCCUUGGAAGCCCAUGGCCACGGCGCUUGUUUGAACUGCUUGCAUAGGGUCUUGUCCCUAGGGGUUUAGAUGUUGUUAGACUUAGAGUUGUCGCUGCGUGCACGUGUCAGUCUCCUCCUCCUCGCCGUCUCCCCUCGCCCCUUCGCUUCUGCUUGUGUGCCAUGGGCGACCUCCCCCCCCUACCCCCCCCAGCUAAGUACCGGUUCCUCCGUGCAUGCGUGCAUCCGUCUUUUCUGUCGUUUCGCGUUCUCUCAAAACGGCGUCGCUGGUGAAAGCACAGUGCGCAACCCACAGACCCUCCUUAUUGCGGGUAAAGCCCCCCCCAGGUUAAGCCUUCAGGUACAGCCCUCACUGCAGGUAUACCUUCCCUUGGGUCUGUGGCUAGCAGCUGUGCCUCCACCGGUGGCCCUCCUUCCGCUCGUCCUCCAUCUCGCCACGCAUGCAGCCAUCCCUCACCGUGGCGUUUCUAUCCCAUUCA